CCGGCCAUGAUGUUCCGCCACUGACGUGUCGCACUCGGUUAUUGUUGUCGAAAAACAGCGCAGUUUUCUUCUUCUUGUGCAGCAGCAGCGGCAGCAGCAGCGGGCGGAAAAUGUCGGAGCCGAACAAACACGACAUUUGUGCCAUUUUCAAGCGACUGCGCUCCGUUCCCACGAAUAAGGUUUGCUUUGAUUGUGCAGCCAAAAACCCCAGCUGGGCCAGCAUCACUUAUGGUGUGUUCCUGUGUAUAGACUGCUCAGGGACUCACAGGUCUCUGGGGGUGCACCUGAGCUUCAUCAGGUCUACUGAGCUGGACUUUAAUUGGUCCUGGUUCCAGCUAAGAUGUAUGCAAGUGGGAGGCAAUGCCAGUGCGAUUGCUUUCUUCAGUCAACACGGCUGCACAGCCAGCGCUGCCAACACCAAAUACAACAGCAGGACGGCUCAGCAGUACAGAGACAAGCUGAGGACUUUAGCGACACAAGCCACCAGACGACAUGGCACAGAGCUGUGGCUCGACAGUCAGGCUCCUCUGUCUCCAACAUCACCAGAAGACAAGCAUGUGGACUUCUUUAGUCUGCAUUCACAGGGAGAGCCUGAAACUUUGGACAUGUCCAAGAUGAGUCUGAGCUCCUUCACAACAGAGCAGAGUUCAACCCAGGAAAAAGACGAAGACAGAAACGGUAAUUCAGAGGACGGUCCAAGUGUGGAAAUGCUGAGUGUUUCCCCAAAAGCAAAUCCAGAGCCGCUCUCUCUCCUCAAGAAGAAGCCAGCUGCUGCCAAGAAAACAUUGGCCUCUAAGAAAGGAGGUCUGGGCGCUCAGAAGGUCAGCAGCAAGAGUUUCUCAGAGCUGGAGAAGAAAGCUCAAGCUGCCGACAAGCUGAGAGAGAAGGAGGAGACCAGCGCCGCGGCCAAGAGGAACAUUCCACCUGACCAAUCCAUUGCUCCGUCGCUGCGACUGGCCUAUAAAGAUCUGGAGGAGCAGAGGAAAAAAGAGGAGGUGAAGCUGAAGGGGUUAGAGGGGAAGAAGAAGGAGCAGGCUGAGAGACUGGGCAUGGGAUUAGGCAUGAGGAGUGCCGUUUCACAUUCUGUCACUUCAGACAUGCACAUGAUCGAGCAGGAGAGUCCUCUGGGGACAAAGAGCAACAGAGGACGACGCUUUGUGGAGGAAGACGAGGACGACGGCUCCUUCACGUCCAGGUCAGACACAGAUCUGCUCCGUGACGACGCCCCUCCUUCACGGGUCCACAUUAAUCCCAGCUUCUCUUUCAGGAGGUUUGAGAAUCAGCCGGAACCUUCAGAGCAUUUUCACUCACGCUGGGAUGAUGGAGGUGAUGCAGGAAACUGGAGCAAGAAACCAGAGGCAGACUUCUACUUGACCUCCACCAUGUCUUCACUUGACGACCGGCCUGCCCGGAGGAAACCAGAACCACUGCCGGUGCUGGAGACGGGAGAAGUUCAGAGGAAGUUUGGAUCUGAUGUCAAAGCAAUCUCUUCUGAUAUGUUCUUUGGAAAACCAGACAACACGGAGUAUGAAGCCAAAACACGACUGGACAGAAUGUCCGGGAACGCAGCGAUAAGUUCUGCAGACCUGUUUGACGAUCCAAAGAAACACAACGCCACUUCGUACCGUCUGACCAACGUCCUGCCCAACGCUCCCGACAUGUCGCAGCUCAGGCUGGGAGUGCGCUCGGUCGCAGGGAAGCUCUCCGUCAUGGCCAGUGGAGUCGUGAACUCAAUUCAGGAUCACUACAGUUCUUGAGUGUCAGGUGGUCGUGUGUGUUUACGCUGGUGUUUACCAGAGUGAGACAGAAGGACAAAGACCACUCGCCGUCCUGGAGACAUUUACAUUUAAGUUGUUGUUGUUGUUUAUCGAUAGAAUGGAGAUGACUGAAGCACAAUAUUUGUUCAUCUUGAAGAAGAAGAAUAUUUGAGUCAAAUGAAGAAGAUUUAGUUUGCAGUGUGUUGCUGGUGCUGGGUUUACAUGUGUAAUGUGUGUGUGUGUGUGUGUGUGCGUGCGUGCGUAGCAGGGUCACAAGGUUCAUGGUGUGAUGAUUUUUUUAAUUGAUGAGGUCAUAAAAAAAAAAUAACCUGGAGAAAAACACACAAUCAUCACACACUCUUUGUCGUGUGUGGCUUUUUUUCUUUAUUCUUGAUCUUGCACAUUCCCGUGUUUAAAAAAAAAAAAAGUGUCCUUUUCUGUCCCUAAAGUGCACUUAAGUUUGCUCUUCCUCACACGGGACCAAACGCUGAUGACGAGGCCUUAAAAAAGAGCCUUUCUGUGUGAAUCAAGGCGAGUCGCUGUGUGUUCCUUGAAACUUGUGAUGAAACACACAUUCUGAGCACAUGUUAAAGUUUAAAAGAUGACUUUGUGGAAAUGCACGAUACUUUCUUUCUUUCUUUCUUUCUUUCUUUCUUUUUCGGCCUAAAACUUGACCAAGGCAUCGAUGCGUUGAGGCCGUCAGUCGUAUCUGACUCUACAAGAAAAAGAAAAGCCUUUUUCUCAAGCUUUUCCACUAUAAAAAGAAAAAAAAACACUAAUCUGGUUAACUUGUUGUUAACUUGUUUUGUUCCUUUGUUAAAAUGAUUUCCUGAGUUAGUGUCACACACCGACUCUUCAGGACAUUUUUUGUCGCUUCUUGUUUUCGUUGUUAGUGCCGCUGUUUCUGUCGAGGUCUAAAUGAUGUAUUUAAAGGGUUACAUACAUGUGUGUAUAUAUACAUGUAUAUAUAUACACAUAUAUAUCUAUAAUAUAAUAAUAAUAAUAGUAAUAAUAUAGAGGUAAAAGAUAUAAAUAAUUUGAACAGUAUUGCUCUUUCUCCCCAGGCCGCUGUGGGUUGCCAGAUAGUUUCCAAAAGAAAUGCUGUUACAGUGAGUUCAUUCAUACAUUCAUAACUGUCUGAUUGAAGGGAAAAGUUUGUGGUCGAUAAGUAAAUUUUUUUUUCCUUUCCAUUUCCUUCAGCCGUUAGCAUUUCUUUUAUUCUUUCUCUUUUUUUUGUCACAUUUUUGAGAGGCGUGGUCUUCUGUUUGGUCACGUGAGAUAAUCCCGGUCUAUAAGCUGCAGUUAGCUGUGUUUGGGUAACUAUUCUGGCAACCCUGGUGUCAAAGUGCUACUGGCUGAGUAAUUGAUCAGUGAACACUCGACGUCUCCUGGAUCUUGGACGACAUAUCAGUCAUUUUAAUGACAUUUCUUACAUAAUGUACCUUGUGAGGCAGUUUCCUCCCACAGUCCAGAUUAGUUGGACGGUGGUUUGUCUCUGUGAUGGACAGGCGACCUGUGUAGCCCCGCCUUUCACACUGUGUCUGCUGGGAUUGGCAACAGCGCCUCCCACAUGUGGAGGAUGAAGCAGGAGAAGAUGGAUGGAUGAAUGAGACAGGACAAAGUGCUGUAGGUGGCGCUGUUGUGUGAUUUGGAUUUUCAAACAUUCAUGUAAACAUUUUGAAACUACGAAGCAGGUGUUUUACAUCCUUCAUGACCAAAUAUUUGUCCUGUCCAUCGCUCUCUGCCUUUGCUCAUAGGCGAUGUUGCGUCUCGUAUGUAAGUGCAUGUGGCAGCUUCUGCUUGAAUGUAAACCGUUUUGCAAUUGAAACUUUCGCCUCCUAACUUGACGACGAGAGUUUUGCUUAUCUUUAUAAGAUUGUUUGCGUCUUCAGCUGUUGAAUAUUGUUAAUUGUUACAGUAAAAGAGUUUUGCAGGGUGUGUAACUCGCAUGGCCGCCUCAGUUACACACCCUGAAUAUGAGUAAUACCUGUAUAAUAGGAAGAAAAUGGUGUCUAGGCCUUUGAAUUAUCCUUUUUUUGACGCUCAAAAUGUAAGAAAGGUGCCAAAAUAAAUGGCCUGUGCUUCAA